CCCGGCCCCCGCCCGGCCCCGGCCCCGGCCCGGCCCCGCCUGCCCGCAGCAGCCCCGCUCGGCUCGGCGCGGACCAUGCCGCUAUGGCGGAGGUGAGGAAGUUCACCAAGCGGCUCAGCAAGCCGGGCACGGCCGCCGAGCUGCGGCAGAGCGUGUCGGAGGCGGUGCGCAGCUCUUUCGUCCUGGAAAAAACCAAAGUUGUUGAACCCUUGGACUAUGAGAACGUGAUCCUUCAACGCAAAGUUCAAAUCUACAGUGAUCCCCUCCGGGACCUGUUGAUAUUUCCGAUUGAAGAUGUGUCUAUUUCAGUUAUCAGUCGUCAGAGAAGGACUGUCCAGUCUACAGUGCCAGAAGAUGCUCUGAAGAAAGCUCAGAGUCUCUUUGUCAAAGAGUGCAUUAAAACCUACAGCUCGGACUGGCAUGUGGUAAACUACAAAUACGAGGAAUACUCAGGCGACUUUCGGAUGUUGCCAUGCAAAUCCUUUAGGCCAGACAAGAUUCCAAGUCAUGUGUUUGAAAUCGAUGAAGACUUUGAAAAAGACGAGGAUUCCUCAUCAUUGUGCUCCCAGAAGGGUGGUGUGAUAAAGCAAGGCUGGUUGCACAAAGCAAAUGUAAACAGCACAAUCACUGUUACCAUGAAGGUAUUCAAGAGGAGGUAUUUUUACUUGUCACAACUUACAGAUGGCUCCUACAUUCUUAAUUCCUACAAAGAUGAGAAAAUUUCAAAAGAAUCCAAAGGCUGUAUCUUCUUGGAUGCUUGCAAUGAUGUUGUUCAGUGUCCUAAAAUGCGCCGCUAUGCAUUUGAACUCAAGACAAUAGAUAAAUACAGCCACUAUCUCGCAGCUGAAACUGAGCAGGAGAUGGAAGAGUGGCUGGUAACUCUGAGAAAGAUCAUUCAGAGCAAUACUGAGAGUUUGGUGCAAGAGAAGAAAGAUACGGUGGAAUCUGCACAAGAUGAUGAAUCAAGCAUGCAAGGAAAAUCAGAAAACAUCCUGGAGAGCCUAGAGAGAAGCAUGCAUCCAGAGCUGAUGAAGUAUGGAAGAGAAACAGAUCAGCUGAACAAACUGAGCAGAAAUGAUGGAAGACAAAACCUCUUUUCCUUUGACCCAGAAGUCCAGAGGCUAGACUUCUCAGGGAUUGAGCCAGACGUGAAGCCGUUUGAAGAAAAGUGCAGCAGGCGCUUUGUGGUGUGCUGCCAGGAUUUGUCCCUCAACCUUCUUGCUCAGCUCAAUGAUCGAUCAGAAGGAGGACCUACCAAUGUUGAGCCCUUUUUCCUAAGCUUGGCAUUAUUUGACCUGAAGAAUAAUUGCAAGAUUUCAGCUGACUUCCACGUGGACUUGAACCCUCCAUCUGUUCGUGAUAUGCUGCUGGAUGCCUCCACAUCUGGGGCAGAGGACACCAAGGGACGUUCACCAGGCGAGAACCUUGUGCAUGGAAUACCCGAGUCUUGCCUGCGCUACAUAAAACGGGGUGUUUUCUCUGUGACUGACCCACAUGUGGAGAUCUUCCUGGUGGCCCGCGUGGAGAAGGUGCUGCAGGGCAGCAUUACGCACUGUGCAGAGCCGUACAUGAAAAACUCGGACCCAGGAAAGACAGCCCAGAAGGUCCAUAAAGUGGCCAAGCAGGUGUGCAGCCGUCUUGGGCAGUACAGGAUGCCCUUCGGCUGGGCUGCCAGACCAGUUUUCAAAGACUCCCAGGGCACUCUCGAUGCUGAAGGAAAAUUCUCUCCUCUGUACAAGCAAGACAGUGGCAAACUCUCAAAUGAAGAUAUGCUGAAGCUUUUAGCAGAGUAUAAGAAACCAGAGAAGACAAAACUACAGGUCAUUCCAGCCCAGUUAAAUAUUGUCAUCAAAGACAUCCCACUGGACUUCACAAAUUGUGUCACAGCUUCUUAUAUUCCUAUAAAGCCUUUUGAGAAGAGCUGUGAGAACAUUGCAGUUGAAGUGGAGGAGCUUGUCCCAGAAGUUGCAAAAUACUGUUAUCCCUUCACUGUCUACAAAAACCACCUUUAUGUCUACCCCUUGCAUUUGAAGUAUGAGAACCAGAAAGUGUUUGCAAAGGCAAGGAAUAUUGCUGUCUGUAUUGAGUUCAGGGAUUCAGAUGAAGCUGAUUCCAGGCCGUUAAAGUGUAUAUAUGGCAAACCUGGAGGCAACCUCCUGACAGCAAACGCAUACGCAGCUGUGCUGCAUCACAACCAGAGCCCAGAGUUCUACGAUGAGAUUAAAAUUGAGCUUCCAAUUCACCUCCAUCAAAAGCAUCAUUUGCUUUUCACCUUCUAUCAUGUCAGCUGUGAAAUUAAUACAAAGGCAACAUCAAAAAAACAGGACACCGUUGAAACUCAAGUGGGGUACGCCUGGGUCCCGUUGCUGAAGGAUGGACGGAUUGUCACCCUGGAACGGCAUUUGCCUGUUUCAUCCAACCUUCCACCUGGGUACCUGGGUCUCGGGGACACAGAGUCACGAAGGCAGUCCAGCGUGGAUGCAAAGUGGGUGGAUGGAGCAAAGCCUCUCUUUAAAGUCAGAAUCCACUUGGAUUCGACCAUUUACACCCAGGACAUGCACUUGCACAAAUUCUUCCAGUACUGCCAGCUGGUUCAGGCGGGAGCUAAGGAAGUCCCUGGAGAGCUUGUUAAAUACCUAAAGUGUUUGCACGCCAUGGAGAUCCAAGUAAUGAUUCAGUUUCUACCUGUAAUUCUUAUGCAACUAUUUAGAGUCCUUACAAAUGUGACCCAGGAAGAUGAAGUAGCUGUCAACUGCACCAUGGUUCUUCUGCACAUAGUGUCCAAGUGCCAUGAAGAAGGCCUAGACCACUACUUGCGCUCCUUCAUAAAGUACGUCUUUCGAGCUGAGAAACCCAGUGUUCCACAGGCGAAGAUGACCCAUGAAAUACUGGUCCUUUCCAUGGCCACGAUUUUGAAGCAAUCAGCAGAUUUUCUAGCCAUCAAUAAGCUACUCAAGUACUCGUGGUUUUUCUUUGAAGCACUGGCAAAAUCAAUGGCAAUAUACUUACUGGAAGAAAAUAAAAUCAAGCUGCCCAGGGGCCAGCGGUUUCCUGACUCCUACCAGCAUGCCCUGCAUUCGCUCCUGCUUGCCAUCAUUCCUCACGUGACCAUACGCUAUAACGAAAUCCCUGAAGAAUCCAGGAAUGCCAAUUUUAGCUUGGCUAAUUUCCUGAAGCGUUGUUUGACCUUUAUGGACAGAGGAUUUGUUUUUAACCUGAUAAAUGAUUACAUUUCUGGAUUCAGCCCAAAAGACCCUAAGCUGCUGGUUGAAUACAAGUUUGAAUUUCUUCAAACCAUUUGCAAUCAUGAGCACUACAUUCCUCUGAACUUACCAAUGACCUUUUCCAAACCCAAGCUGCAGAGAAUUCAAGAUGUAAAUCUUGAAUACAGUUUAACUGAUGAGUAUUGCAAGCAUCAUUUCCUGGUGGGGAUGCUUCUCAGAGAAGCCUCUGUUGCCUUGCAGGACAACUAUGAUAUCAGAUAUACGGCCAUUUCAGUCUUAAAAAAUCUCUUGAUAAAGCACGCCUUCGACAACAGAUACCAGCACAAGAACCAGCAGGCAAAAAUAGCCCAGCUCUACCUGCCGCUCUUUGGGCUGCUCCUGGAAAACAUCCAGCGAGUGGCCGGACGCGACGUGCUCUCCUGCGCAGCCGCCUCCAGCCCUGCAUCCAGAGAUGAAUUCAUGUGCAGUUUUGCAUCCCCCUCAAAUAGAUCCAGCCUGAUUGCAGACAAAGAUACAGCCAGUGGAGCAGCACUUCCAAAUGGCCAUGGGAUAAAGCGAGAGGACUCAAAAGGAUCCCUGAACUCAGAAGGGGCAACCAGUUCACCGGAUCAGUGUGAAAAUAUCCGCAGAAGCUCCACGAGGAGCAGCGUGUCACACUGCAGCCGCCUGGAUCAGUUUGAGAUCCGAACACUCCUAAUGUGCUACCUCUACAUUGUGAAGAUGAUUUCUGAAGAUACACUUUUAGCUUACUGGAAUAAAUUCUCCCCCCAGGAGCUGAUCAACGUCCUUGUGCUUCUCGAAGUGUGUUUAUUUCACUUCAGAUAUGUGGGGAAGAGAAAUAUUGCCAGGGUGCACGACGCCUGGUUAUCCAAGCACGUGGCAGCUGAUCGGAAAUCCCAGACGAUGCCAGUGCUCCGCAGCAGAGCUGGUGGGAUGCAGGUGCGGCUCCAGCACCUGGGCAGCUUGGACACAUCCUUCACACUCAACCACAGUGCAGGCACCUCAGAAGCAGAUAUUGUGCACCAAGCAUUACUGGAGGGCAAUAUAGCCACGGAAGUGUGCCUGACUGUUCUGGACACCAUCUCUUUUUUCACUCAGAGUUUCAAGACCCAACUUUUAAGCAACGAUGGCCAUAAUCCACUCAUGAAGAAGGUUUUUGAUAUUCACCUUGCUUUUCUCAAAAAUGGGCAGUCAGAAGCAGCUCUUAAGCAUGUGUUUGCCUCUCUGAGAGCUUUUAUUAGCAAGUUUCCCUCAGCGUUUUUCAAGGGAAGGGUGAACAUGUGCGCUGCCCUCUGCUAUGAGAUCCUGAAGUGUUGCACUUCAAAGGUGGCCUCCACAAGGAAUGAAGCCUCCGCUCUUCUGUAUCUGCUGAUGAGAAAUAACUUUGAGUUCACCAAAAGAAGAACAUUCCUGAGAACACAUCUUCAGAUAAUAAUUGCAGUGAGCCAGUUAAUAGCAGAUGUGGCACUCAGCGGUGGGACGAGGUUUCAGGACUCCUUGCUCAUCAUUAACAACUUUGCAAACAGUGACAGGCCUAUGAAGGCAACUGCUUUUCCUUCUGAAGUCAAAGAUCUGACGAAGAGAAUCCGUACAGUGCUUAUGGCUACUGCCCAAAUGAAAGAACAUGAAAAAGAUCCAGAAAUGUUGAUAGAUCUACAGUACAGUUUAGCUAAAUCUUAUGCAAGCACUCCAGAGCUCCGGAAAACAUGGCUGGACAGUAUGGCAAAGAUACAUGUGAAAAAUGGAGACUUUUCAGAGGCAGCCAUGUGUUAUGUUCAUGUAGCAGCCCUUGUUGCAGAGUUUCUGCACAGAAAAAAACUCUUCCCCAGUGGAUGCACUGCCUUCAGGAAAAUCACUCCCAACAUUGAUGAAGAAGGUGCAAUGAAAGAAGAUGGUGGGAUGAUGGAUGUACAUUACAGUGAGGAGGUCCUAGUGGAGCUGCUGGAGCAAUGUAUAGAUGGUCUGUGGAAAGCAGAACGUUACGAAACAAUUUCUGAAGUUUCCAAACUGAUCAUUCCUAUUUAUGAAAAACGGCGUGAAUUUGAGAAACUUACUCAACUAUACAGAACGCUUCAUGGAGCAUAUGCUAAGAUAUUGGAAGUGAUGCACACAAGGAAGAGGCUUCUUGGAACUUUUUUCAGAGUGGCCUUUUAUGGACAAGCAUUCUUUGAAGAAGAAGAUGGAAAGGAAUAUAUCUAUAAAGAGCCCAAGCUGACAGGCCUAUCAGAGAUCUCUCUCAGACUUCUUAAACUUUAUGGAGAAAAGUUUGGGUCGGAAACUGUAAAAAUUAUCCAGGAUUCCAACAAGGUCAAUGUUAAAGACCUUGACCCUAAGUAUGCUCAUAUUCAAGUGACUUAUGUGAAGCCCUAUUUUGAAGACAAAGAAAUCUCUGAAAGAAAGACUGAAUUUGAAAGAAAUCAUAACAUCAAUAGAUUUGUAUUUGAGACUCCUUACACUUUAUCUGGAAAAAAACAUGGCAGUGUGGAAGAACAGUGUAAAAAAAGAACCAUUCUAACUACUUCGAAUUCCUUUCCAUACGUAAAGAAGAGAAUUCCAGUCAAUUAUGAACACCAGGUUAAUUUAAAACCAAUUGAUGUUGCAACUGAUGAAAUAAAAGACAAGACAGCAGAGCUGCAAAAACUCUGCUCUGCUGGUGAUGUUGACAUGAUCCAGCUGCAGCUCAAACUGCAAGGCUGUGUUUCUGUGCAGGUUAAUGCUGGUCCCUUAGCCUAUGCCAGGGCUUUCCUAAGUGACAGCCAGUCCAGCAAAUAUCCCGCUAAGAAGGUGAAUGAGUUGAAAGAAAUGUUCAGGAAGUUUAUACAAGCCUGUGGAAUUGCUCUGGAGCUCAACGAGCGACUCAUUAAGGAGGAUCAAGUGGAGUACCAUGAGGGACUAAAAUCAAACUUCCGGGAUAUGGUGAAAGAGCUUUCAGAUAUCAUCCAUGAACAGCUUUGAAGACAAGAUGUACCAUGAAGAUACAAUGCAUUCGCCAUGGAUGCAUGACUCCUUACAUGUCUUCUGCGCCAUCAGCGGGACAUCUGGUGAUGGAAGUUAUUGUUCACUCAGACCCACUGCUGAAAUAUAAACAUAUCAGCAUAAUUUUACAGAGCUUUCUCAGGAAUAUUUGGAACUGUACAAAGGAUGUUAAAAAAAAUCCAUGAUGCAUGAAUUUACCAUUUUCUUCCUCCAAAGUUACUAUGCUUUCAAACAGGGUGCUUGCUUAUUUUGCUGAGCAACACUGAAAGUGCCUGGACAUUGCACCACUGUGCUUGUUUUCUACCUUUUUUUUUUUUUUUUUUUUAAGUGUAUAACAGGACAUGAAAGGCAGUUAUCUAAGUAUGUAUUGAAUUGCAGAACUAUGAAUUGGAAUGUUAAUGGUACUAUGUAAAAUUGUAUAAUGGAAUAUGAUAAAAUGUAAAACUACUUUGUAAAUAGAAGGAACAUAGAGUAUAUAGAAAUUAGCACUGUAUCAUAUUUGCUGCUAAAAGCUUUCUCGGGCAGGGAAGAUGACGGAGAAGUUGUAAGAGAUCUCACUUGUAAGAGAUCUUCCUUGUCUAGAAAGUGACAGGGGGUCCAGACACCCCUGUUUCCCUCAUAUGAUGAGAGUAAACUUGUGUUAGUCUGGAAUAACUAAAACCUGAAUCAGAAAUUAUAGUUUUUGUACAUCCUUUGGGCAGAUAAUUGUAAAGUGACCUCCGUGAGAACUGAGUAUACUAUAGAUGAUUUGAAUUUUGGCUAACCUUUCAUGUCUCUAAGAGGAUGGAUUGUAGUCACUAAGGACAACCUAACAAAUUUGUCGUUUGAUACCAGUUUUUCCUCUUUAUCAUUCAUUGUCUCACACAAAUAUAAACUCUGAGAACACCUUAAAGUGAGUUGGGCAUUAUAAAGCGCUUUAAUGUCUUUUGAUAUAAUUCUAAUAAUCUGUGAGAUGUGUUUUAAAAAGAAGUGCAGUGCAUUGAAAUUAAGUAAAUCAUACAUAAAUGGUAUUGUUUUAACAUCAUAUGACAUGCAUGUUCCCUCCUGUUAAAUAGAUCUGCUUUCUGCAAACUUGUUAUUUUUGUCCAAGAAGUGGUUGAAGAAAAUCUUUUCUCCAUAAUGCUUUUAUUCCAUCUUCCCCUCCCUAGAGCUUUAGUACGUUAGCUCUGUCUCCUUUAAUAAGACGCUUUCAGAUCCAGGAAAGAAGAAAACAGAUCAGUAAUUGUUUUAUCCACCAUUUAGAUGUCCGUGUUUUUCCAAGUCCCAUAAAUUGUAAAUAUGUUUCCAGUAGUUGAUAUGGGAAGGGGUUUUGUUUGUUUCUUUUUAAUGAUAUGUAACAAAAUGCCAUAAUAAAAGGACUCCAGCCUAGGUAUUUAGCUUGGCUAUAGUGUCCAUAGAACGUUAAGCUUCUAAUUUCUGUAACAAAAAGUAUCUUCAAAUAGUAAAUGGACCACAUUUCAAAAUGCUCAUUAUGCAUGAUUCUAAAUACCCGAAAUUAAUUGUCUUUUGAGAAACAAAUGUUGUGAUCCAUACAUUCACCCCCUAGCAGUUGCAAGCAACUUAUAGAUAUGCCAGUGUAACAGACAGCUCACAGUUCUGCUUCUAUGUGCUUUUAUGCUAGGCAAGCCCUAAAUUUAGUUUAACAGAAAGAGGAAGAGAGUUUGAAUGUUUAAAUAUGGUUACUACCUUACUGAUUUUCAUCUUUCAGCAAAUAAUGUUUAAAGGCAGAUAGUGAGAGUUUCCCAAAUUACUUUUCUAAAAGGUGAUGAAGCUGCUUAAUAGUGGAUACAUUAAAAACCUUGUUUUUGGAGCUAGUAAUACUUUAAACAUCAGUACUAAAGACCUAUUCUGAAUACAAGAAGCAAUAAUGAGAAUUCACUAAAAUUCAUGAACUAUCACUCUCUUAUCAGUUACAUUUUUCUGUAGCAGUUUUCCUGGAAUUGCGGUGAAAUACUUGGAUGUCCGUAAUGUUCCAAAAUAAUGUUUAUGGAUUGAUUUUCAUAUGUUAUUCCCUAUUUUUGGUGAAAUUCCAGUGAAAUUCUUGUUUGUGUGUCUGGAUGUCUUUAAUGUUCCAAGAUGAAAUUUUGUCUGAACUUCUAAACCUAAUGUUGGUAUUGGAGUUAUUCUAUCAUUUCAUUUUAAUAUCAAUAUGGAAACCUGUCUCAGUAAUUCAGUCCCCCCAAAAAAAUAUUUAAUACAAGUCCUUCCUUCUUUGGAAGAAUAUAAAUAUUGUUUAUUAGCACUUCAGUUUUUCUUAUACUGCCUAACUAAGGAACAGUGGGUGUCAUUUGGCCUAUAAUAAUUAGUAGACAUAUUUUAAAUUACAAAUGGCAUGCACACUUUCUAAUACCAGUAUAUCUGCACAUAUGUAUUUUAUAUAUAAGACUUUUUUUAUAUAGGACUUCUAAUAACUUUUGCUGCAAAACUAGUCUCUAUCAAGUCUCUAGAACAGAUGCAUUGGUAAUUUAGCAAUUACAUGAUUGUUUGCAUAAAGGGAAAAGAAAAAGGGUAAAAUGCUUGGCAAUGAAGCACUUGACUACUGUCAGUAUCCGGAUUGUUUUGGAUAAUAGUAUGUGUUAGAGCCAAAUUGUUUGCAGAAAGGACAUAAAGAGCAAUGCAGGGUCUGCCAGCACUUUAUAUUCAAUAAAUGCUUUUAGAGAUUUAUAUACCUGUGUGGGAUAGCACAGGAAAGCCUAAACAUUUCCUGUCAUCUCUGACAUGCUGUUUUUCUCUCUGCAGAGAGAUAAGUAAGUAGUACUUUCAGACUUCAGAGCUACAUUUCUUUCCAAAAAAAAAAUAAAAUAAAAUAGUCUGGAACCCAGAAUUUACUACAGCCGAGGAUAUAUUUCUAUGUGCUACUUGACGUUCUAAAUUUCUUCUGAGAAUCGACAUUUUCUUGAGACAGGGUAAUGAAUGGGAAUCUUGGGUCUGAGAAUAUCUGUAGUGUGUGAACAUGAACAUCUUGCUUCAGAAGCCUUUUGAACAUAUACCACAUGGUAUUUUGAUAUAGAAUAAGAGUUUACAUGGGCAUAAUGCAUUUUGUCUUAAAGUAUGUUUGUUUUCCCUUCUUGUAAAGACAGCAUCCCAUUGACUUUGCAGCAGGCUUCAGAAUAAAGGGGAGAAAGAGAGUCUCCCUCUCCAACCUCACUAACACAUAAAAAAAAAAAAAA